ACUUCGGCUUGUAUCAUUGUAUAACAAAUUUAUAACCCUAAACAUAAAGUUUCUAUGAUUUGUUUUAAGCAAAUAAUUCCAGUGAGAUAUUAUUAAGAGUAUUUCUUCUUUUCCGAGUACGAGUAAAAAUUUAAUAUCAUUUUUAUUUAUAUAAAUAAAUUUAGCACUAGUUUAUUUUCAUUUUAGUUACUUUCAAUUUGAUGAGUAAAAAGUUUAAAACAAUUGGUAUUGCUGAAAAACAAUUGAAAUUUAAAAGCAAAAGCGGAAACUUAAUUACCAAAAAUUCAGACAACAUGAAGAAAUAUACGGCUAGUAAUAGGACGAAAAUAAUGCUCCUUUGCGUCGAACUUUUUCUAUUUAUUUCUUUCAUUUCUGUGUUACAAAAUUUUAAUAAUGGCAUGCAUUAUAACCCUAGAAACUGUCAACAAAAUGAGAAAACCAGGAACGACUUUAUAACGAGCAGACAAUUAUCUCUUCUUCACACUCAUAACCAUGGACAUGGCAUUCAUAGUCAUGGUAUUCAUAGUCAUGGCAUUCAUAGUCAUGGCCUUCACACUCAUGGCGCUCACAACCACGUUACCGAAACCGUUGUGGAAAGUUGUGGAUCAAGAGAUCCCUUUUCCAUUAAUAAAUAUAAACGUGAUCCAUCAUACGAUUUCCCAUUUGACCGAUGUAGCAGCAGAUUGAAUAGAACACAUCAUCACACCGGCAUAAUUCCCAAUACUGCUUGUACAACAACUGUACGUACGACGAAUACCAGCUGUGUUAAUAACUUACCAUAUUCCCCCAUAACUCCUCCUUGCACAACUCAGAUUGUUAAUUCCCAUGCACACCAUAUUGCACCACCUAUAUGUGAACCAGGGUACCCGAUGGUACAGGCAGUAAUUGAUGAUACUAUUCACAGUGCCUUAGCCCAUACUACUAUGCCCUGUUCACCAUAUACCGGCUUCAUGGGAUUCAGGACGAGAUAUAUAACCCCAAUGGUAACGACGUUUAUGGGGUUACCAAUUUAUGCUAGAGGAUUAAUAUCACUUGUUUUACUCGCGUUACCAAUAAUUAUUGCUGUACUUUUUUUUACAUUAUUGGCAGGGUAA